AUGUCUGACCAAGAGCUCGCCGACAACAAGGUACAUGCCACUCACGAGAAACCACUCUCGUUAUGGAGAGACAUGGUGGUGAACCGAUCCAGCUAUCUAAUGGCGAUCAGCGCCUGCUGGGGUGGUAUGCUCUUCGGGUGGGACACUGGUCUCAUCGGUGGCAUUCUCCCGCGCAAGUCCUUCAAGCACUCGUUUGGUCUUGACUCGCCCUCCAUGGCCAAGGACUAUGCCAAUCUUCAAGGAUGGAUCGUAACAGUCCUUCAAGGAGGAUGCUUCUUCGGCGCUAUGUCUGCGGCGUUCAUUUCUGAUCGCUUUGGUCGCAAGAAAGCUCUAUUUGUUGCUGCAUUUUUGUUUUUCAUCGGCUCCAUCCUUCAAACUGUCCCUGCUCUAGGCGGCCAAUCUCCCCGUAGCUCUUUGAACCAGCUUUAUAUCGGCAGGUUCAUCGGUGGCUUGGGAGUUGGAUUGGUCAGUGUGGUGGUCCCAACAUAUGUCUCUGAGUCGGCCCCUCGUUUGAUCCGUGGUCGUCUUACUGGCAUGUACCAACUCGCCAUUGUGUUCGGUAUCGCUUUUUCCUUCUGGGUCAACUACGGCCUCCUCGAGCAAUACGGCGAUUCCAAUGAUGUUCCUCAACAAUGGCGUAUCGCAUUUGCCCUCCAGAUGCUCCCUGGUCUCCUUUUAGUCGUCUUCAUGCUCUUCCAGAGCGAAUCUCCUCGUUGGCUUGCUGAAAAAGGACGCGAUGAAGAGUGCAAGAAGGUUCUUGCCCGUCUGCGUAGUGUCAGCAUCAAUGAUCGUGUCGUUGAAGACGAAUACGCGCUCAUUAAGGCCGACUUUGAGGGUCGCGUCAAGCUCUCGUUUGCCCAACAGUUCCGUGAGGCGACUUCAUCUCGCAAGAUGUUCUACCGCUGCUCCCUGCCAUUUAUUCUCAUGGCCUUCCAACAAUGGACUGGUGUCAACUCGAUGAACUACUACUCGCCCAAGAUUUUCGAGUCGCUUGGUCUGAAGGGCUCGUCUGCUAGCUUGCUCGGCACGGGUAUCUACGGUAUCGUUAAAAUUGUCAUGACCGCGCUCGUUCUCGGCCUUGGUGUGGAGCAACUCGGCAGGAAGAGUUUGUUGAUCUGGGGAGGUCUCGGCCAGGUUGUGUGCAUGUGCUUCAUUGGUGCUUACCUCAAGAUCCAUACUGAUGGCACGGUUAUUCCUACUUCCUACGUCGCCAUUGUGGCCAUCUACCUCUAUGUCACCUUUUACUCGUUCGGAUGGUCUGUCGCCCCUUGGCCCGUGAUGUCCGAGUCGCAGCCCAACCACUUGCGCUCACUCACCAUGUCCAUCGGUCUCAUGUCCAACUGGCUCUUCAACUUUACCAUCUCCAAAAUCACUCCCAUCCUUCUCGAAGAUAUCACCUAUGGUACUUACCUCCUUUAUGCUGGUACCACCAUGCUCGGUGUCCUUUGGACCAUUUUCUUCCUUCCCGAGACUGGUGGAUACUCGCUCGAGGAAAUCGGUGAUCUCUUCGAGGGCUCACUUGUUACCCGCUCGCUUUCCGAUAACAAGUUUGCCUUUAAGCGUAUGCGUGAGGAGGACCGUGACCAGAUUCGACAGGGUCUCCGCCGCUAUGGCUCUUCGACCGGUUCUGGCUGGAAUGAUGAGAAGCACGUGGAUGAGCGUUUCGAGAGGAGUCAGCAGGUUAAUGUUAUGCCCUCUGUCGCUGAAGAGAGGCGUUGA